AUGUCCGCUCCGCUGCGGCCCUCGCUGCUGCCUCAAUGCACCUCGUGUGCGCGCCGCUUCACCAAUUCCGGCCUGGGCGCCUGGCCGCGGUUCCAGCAGCAGGUCCGCGGCGCAAAGAAGAAGGCCAGCAACCUCCCGCAGACGCUUUCCGUCCGCCUGCUCAAAGACGUCAAAGCCUAUGGCCGUAAAGGCUCGUUCGUCCCCGUCCCGGCUGGUCUGAUGAGGAACGGCUGGUUCCCUCGCUAUACCGCCGAGUACAUCACGCCCGCCGAACUGCUCCAGCUCAAGGCCAACGAUGUCACCAUUGAGCGCGAUUACACGUUUGGCAUGGAAGAGGCCGAAGUGAAGCAGGAGGAAGCGCGCGCUGAGGUGUUGGAGAUCGCGACGCCCAAGCCGAUUGAGGUUGAGGGAAUCAGCCCUCAACGAUCCAUGGAGCUGAUUGAAAUCUUCGUUCCCUCGCGCAUCGAUAUCGCCGGGACACCAAGAGACACAGGGAAGCCCAAGGAAAAGCCCAGGGAGCAGCCGCAGCCGCAGCUCCGGGGUGUGUCUGCAGCGGACGUGCUGGCUGCGGCAUCUGCAGCGCCGCCGAAGCCCGUAGAUUCGCGCAUUCCGAUCCACGGCUCGGUGUCUACCAAGGACGUGGCUGCGUUCAUCACUCAGCAGCUUGCUGUCAACGAGGAGGCAGCGCGCGUGGUGGUGUCAGAGCGUGAUGUGUCCUUCCUGGACGGCACGGAGCCAAACGACGAGACAAAAGUGAGACAUCUGGGCGAAUAUGAGGUCGAGAUCAAGGUGAAGGGUUCGGAGGGAGGCGUAAGGCGAAAAUUGCGCGUUUACGCCGUGGAGCGCUCGAGUGAGGUGGUGCAUGAGGUGGAAUCAUGA